CCUGUUUGCCUCUUUCUCGAGUGAACAAAAACCACUCCUCUUCCUCCUUUUUCCAUUUUUACAUUCAGUCCUCAGUCCUGGAAUGCAACGUGAGCUAGGUGAACAUUGAGCACUUCACUGUGCUUAAUAUUAAGAUAUAUCACAAGACAUGGCGUCCACGACCAAAUACAUCGAUUACCCUACCCCGCCUCCUUCAAGCUCGCCUCAGUGCAAGGAUAAUUCCUACAAGACCCAACCUGCUCAAGAAACAUAUUUCCAGCAGCCUGCCAUAGCCAGCUACUCCCAGCCAGCAUCUCCAAACCACAGGGAUACCCAACCUGCGAAUCCAAUUACACAAAUCGUUGUACCCCAACAGCAAUCACAGUACGAAUACGUACCUCCCCAGCAUUCCGACUUCCCCGGACAAUCCCAUGUCCAACAAGGUCCACAAGCACACGAGGAUGUUGCACACCAUGGCAGCAACAACGAUUACUACACUCUCCCUGCCUCCCCUCUAGCUCAGAAACCCGGCCCACAGACAAAUACAUAUACCCCACCAAGACGUCGUUCAUUCUCCCCACCAAAGGGCAGGCAUUCCCCUCGUCCAAUAUACUACUCGCCCACAAAUCCCAUCCCAUCUCCAUACAAUGUGUCCCGCCCUACCCCUCGCCCAGGUUUCGUGCAACGCAUGCUUGCGAGGAUAGAGGGCUGGAUCCGGGCAUCGAUGAGAUGGUGCAACCGACACCCGAUUGCUGCAGGAUUGUUGACAUUCAUACCGGUUCUGGCUGGGGCGGGAAUAGUAAGGGCUGCGAAGGGCUUGAAAACCAGAGAAAUGCUCAAGAGAAUGGGUGCUGGGCAGACGAAGAAGGGAGAGGCUGAGAAAGAUUGGGCUUGGGGGAUGGAUCAGUUCGUUGGAUUUGGUGGGAGUAAAGGUGGGCCUUUGGAAGGCAUAUUGAAGAUUUUGCAGAUGGGGAUAAAUCAUUACUGCCGACUCACGGCCUCAUCAGUGCCAAGACUGGCGAGUAUAAUUCUUGAGCUCUAUUUCUUGGAAAUCAAGAAAUGAGGGUAUUUGUCUAUCUGUGUAUAUCAUGUAUCAUGAUUGAUGAAUGAUGAAUGAUCUAAAUAAAGUGCCUUUCAGGCCAAUGAGAACUACGCCGUACAUUAUCCCUCAAAACUGGGGCUCUGGCGAGUAGAUCGUCCUUCUCUUGUCAGUAUGCUGCCAUCAGAAGUUUGGAAAGCAUUGUCACUGUUACUGUGCUUAGGUACAUAGGCUAUAGUUGCGGCAAAUAUGCAUUUCGAGAGUCAGCAGCGUGGCACUCAAAAUUCGAGCUCUUCUUUGUCCUCCCCUUUCCAGAAAUUGGAUGUUUCUUCAAUACAGUCACAUGCAUCAUAGCCAUGACUCGUGUACUCACUAUGUGGUCUGCUCUCAGUCUUGUCUCAAGGAAACAUUUCGAUUCAUCA